UACUUUCUCACCUAACAAAUCCUUCCAUCUUCUUCCUUCCCCCCACCGCAGGAUCCACCGCAUUGCUCCUUCCUCCAGUCCAUAACCAUUGAACUAAAUAAAAUUAACAUAUUUAAGAUCUAACAAGUUGGUGUGGACGAGGACAUUGAAUUGGCUAAACAAGUUGACAAACCCUUCUUUACCUCAAAUUUUCAAAUCCUUCCAUUGUAGCAAAUCAAUAUUCAUACUUUCAUUGUAGCAAAUCAAACGAGCAAAGACAACUGGUUUGGAUCGAUCGAGAAGCAGAGCAAAGUGAAGACAACGGAAGGUUCUUUGAGGCUUUGAGUCAUGGAGGGUAGACCAAACAGUCAAAAUCCAUUGUUCGUGAACGUAGCUUCAGGGGAAGGCAUAGGAGAAGAAAUUCUGGGUACUGACAUAUCAAAUGGGGGACCUAGCUACUCUGUUGGAGGUGGUAGUUCAAACCCAGAUGAAAGUUUAGAUGGGUCAUUUGAUGAGAUUUGGAAUGAUACAGAGGAUCAAAGUUUUGGUUAUGGUUGUGAAGUAGAAGCGGUUGUAAUUAAAGAUAUGGCUGAUAUAAUGAAGAUCGACUUAAACAAUUUUCGUGUAGCAGAUGUACGAAAGUAUGAAUUUGUUGGGCUGGAUGUCGCAUACAUGUUUUAUUGUUGGUUUGCCAAAACUUCUGGGUUCUCUGUUCGCAAAGGUCAUGUGGUUAGAAAUCACGAAGGGAACAUUCUACAACAAACAUUUUUAUGUUCAUGUGAAGGCUUUAGAGAGGAUAGUGGAUUACCACUUCAUCUAUGGAAAAAAAAAAACACAGUUCACUACCUAGAAUGGAAACUAAAAUACAUUUUACUAUUUAACGUGAAUUUAUAUUUGUCUUUAUGUGUAUAAUUUGCUUCCUUA